GAGCCUCCUGUAUCCGUACCAAAUUUUGAUUUCGUUGUAAGAUUUCAACGAAAUGAAACAAGAAAUUCAGGCGUUGCUAUUUAUCACAAUGAACAAGACAAAUGUCAUAUUCUCACUCCUCAUUUAGAUAUAAAGGCUCCGUACGCGAGUGAUGCUGAUGUGACGAUAUCAACAUCAACAAGAAUUGGCGAUUUGUGUACGGUAGAAUGCAAAAUGAACCCUAGCGAUAAUCAUAAUAAUAAAAAAUUGAAUUUAAUUGCCAUUUAUAUAUGGCCAAAUUCAUCGAUGAGAGAUAUAAAAUUGUUAAUCGGUAAAGCUUUAUUACCGUUGUCAACUGUAGGUUCGCAAGCUUUUGCAGAUAUUAUCGGAGAACCAGUAGAGUAUAGCGAACAACCGGUACUCCUUGCGGGAGAUUUUAUUGUAAAUUUCUCAUUGCCAGAAGCUGAAUUAUUACUGGCAUUCCUCAGAGAGAAAUUUUCAUUAGAAAUGAUCAAUGGAAGAAAUGAUCCUACGACAAAAGGAGGUACGACUAUUGAUGCGGUAUUCGCGAGAAAUAUAGAUAAAAUAGAUAUAUCAAUCCGUCAGAACCCAGAAAUGAUAAUUGAUUUGGACUUUGGUUUAUAAAAUGUGCAUAAUAAAUUUAUAAAAUGUGAAUUUAAGAAAGUGUCUCUCGCUAGUUUUCUUUCAUACAAAAUGAUAUGCAUUUCUUGGAAUAUCACUAAGAAGUAUAACUUCAUCCGCGCGUAGGGACUCCACGCACUAUUUUUUAUUGCCUGUUUUAUUCAUGUCUAUUUUUUAUGCGACAUUUCAUGUUAGAUAUUUUUUAUACUCUCGUAACAAACUUGCUAAAGAGAGUAUUAUAGUUUUGUUCACAUAACGGUUGUUUGUAACACCCAAAACUAAACGAGUUAGAUAUAGGGUAAUAUAUACCAAUGUGAUCAGG